AUGGAUUAUCGUUUGAUUUUACGAAUGAUUUCCUUGAAUCUGUUAUUUUCCUUAUUUAAUAAAUUCGUGAACGCAUCAUAUCUUGUUACAUCCCCGAUACUUAUUGAUAAUAAGAUAUAUGCAGUAGGAGAAAUUUUAGAAAAAAGAUUUCUUAGCAUUGAUGUAUCAACACUCUCGAAAGAUAAAAGUACGCUCGAAUACGAACCUUUAAGCAAGUUGGAAAUAAAUAGUAUAUUUAAUCCAAGAAGCGCAGGAUGGAAGGAUUUUAUCGUCAUUUAUGGAAUCAAAGAUUUUUUACAAAUGAUACCGUAUAUGCUGAAAUAUAAUAUAACGAGUCAUGACUUGACUUCUGAUGCGAACGUGGGUCCAAAAUACGAUGUCUUUAUAGAAGAACCAUUCAUUGGACCUGAUGAUAAAGGGAACAUUUAUUUAUUUGAUGGAAUUGAUGGUUUUAAUAUCUUUAAUAUGGAAACAUAUAAUUGGUAUACAAUGAAAACCAAGUUUGAUGCAAUCUUUCCGAAAAACACCCUUUUAAUUUAUAAAAGAUAUACGGCUACAAUUUUACCUAAUGGUGUGAUCGUAUUUCUUGGAGGUUUAUUAACAUAUAAACCUGUUUCCAUGAAUAAAAUUAUUCUUUAUGAUACGAAGGAAGGAAAAUGGUCGACGUUCAAAGCCGUUGGUGACUUUGUUGGAUCACGAGAAUUACAUUCGGCAUGCUUAACUUCCGAUGGACGCAUAAUUGUUUAUGGCGGAAAACUUGAAUUUCAACAGGUUGAACCAGAUUUAGCCGUGUUGGAUACUUCCGUUACUCCUUAUAAAUGGACUAUUCCUCAAAUUAUAAAUCCAAUUGGUCAAAUAAUUCAACAUACAACAGUCAUGGUCAAUGAUACGUUCAUGGUUUUAUACUUUGGUUAUAAUAUAACUAUUACAGGAACAUCAACAUUUAAUCAAAAAGCAUUCAUGUUAGAUACAAGUGAUUUAUCACAAUAUACAUGGUAUAAUAUGGAACUCGUAAAGAAAG